AUGCACCCGUGGUCCCGAUGGAUUUUCUAUCUCAAUCCUGGUGCUUACGCCUUCGAGCCGCUCAUGGCCAACGAGUUUAGUGGUCUCGAACUGGAGUGUGUCGCGCCCCAGUAUGUACCCUACGGGGGCCGAUACGACGACGAAAGCUCGGCCUACCGCGGUUGCACAGUCCUGGGAAGUGACUCCACUGGAAUGAUUGACGGUCAUGCAUACAUCAGUCAGCAGUUCUCCUACGCGACCGGUCACAUCUGGAGAGGAUUCGGUGUCCUUAUCGGCUUCUGUGUCACCUUCAUCAUUGUCACAGCGCUUGGCUGCGAGUUGCGCAACAGCCGCGGAAGGUCAUCCGUCCUCCUCUACAAGAGGGGCUCGCGGGGCAAGAAGCCCGAGAAAGAUGUUGAAGCCGCAGCGGAUGAGAAGGCGACGCCGCACGCAGCCCCGGUCUCCCGACCGGUCAAGCAGUCGACGUUCUGCUGGCAUGACCUUGACUACUCUGUCAAGUACCAAGGCCGCCAGAAACAGCUCCUCGACAAGGUCUUCGGCUUUGUGCGGCCGGGCAAUCUUGUUGCUCUCAUGGACUGUUCCGGUGCCGGAAAGACGACCCUCCUUGACGUCCUGGCCCAGAGGAAGGACUUCGGUGAGAUCUACGGAUCCAUUCUUAUUGAUGGCAAGCCCCAGGGCAUCAGUUUCCAACGCGUGACCGGCUACUGCGAGCAGAUGGAUGUUCACGAGGGCACUUCGACCGUCAAGGAGGCGCUUGUCUUCUCAGCGCUCCUGCGCCAACCGAGGGAGGUGCUGGAGGCGGAGAAGCUCGUGUACGUCGAGCACAUGAUCGACCUUCUCGAGCUGCGUGGUAUCUGUGACGCCCUAAUUGGAGUACCCGGCGCUGGCUUGACCAUCGAGCAGCGGAAGCGGGUGACUCUGGGUGUCGAGCUCGUGGCUAAGCCCACCUUGCUAUUCCUUGACGAGCCGACAUCCGGCCUCGACGGCCAGUCUGCUUACAACAUCGUGCGCUUCUUGAGACGUCUUGUAGAUGGCGGUCAGGCUGUUCUUUGUACAAUUCACCAGCCUUCCGCUGUCCUCUUCGAGGCUUUUGACUCUCUUUUGCUCCUAGCUAAGGGAGGGCGGAUGGCAUAUUUUGGCGAGACUGGCAAGGAUUCCGGGCAGGUCCUCGGCUACUUUGCCCGUAAUGGUGCGCCCUGUCCCGAAGACACUAACCCUGCGGACCACAUUGUGGAAGUCAUCCAGGACACCGCUGAAUAUGCGUUGCCGAAGUGGUUCCAGUUCAAAUUGGUGCUGCACCGACUGAUGAUACAGCUGUGGCGAUCACCAGAUUACGUCUGGAAUAAGAUCAACCUGCACAUAUUUGCGGCCCUUUUCAGCGGGUUCACAUUCUGGAUGAUCGGUGACGGCUCCUUCGAUCUCCAGUUCCGCGUGUUUGCCAUCUUCAACUUCAUCUUCGUGGCGCCCGGGUGUAUCAACCAGAUGCAGCCGAUUUUCCUGCACAACCGUGACCUGUUCGAGACUCGGGAGAAGAAGUCCAAAACAUACCACUGGCUCGCCUUUAUUGGCGCCCAAGCUGUGUCGGAGAUCCCCUACCUCAUCAUCUGCGCGACUCUCUACUUCUGCUGCUGGUACUUUACUGCCGGGUUCCCGGUUGACGCCAAUAUCUCGGGCCAUGUCUAUCUCCAGAUGAUCUUCUACGAGCUCCUGUACACUUCGAUGGGCCAGGCCAUUGCCGCUUACGUCCCCAACGAGUACUUCGCCGCCAUUUCGAACCCUCUAUUCAUCGGCUGCGGUCUCAUCUCAUUCUGCGGCGUGGUGGUCCCUUACACGGCCAUGCAGCCAUUCUGGAAGUACUGGCUCUACUACCUGGACCCCUUCAACUACCUGGUCGGCGGCCUCUUCGGCACCGUGGUCUGGGACGUCAAGAUAUCGAGCUCGAUGGCCUCAGCUAACGGGGUUCUACCUUCUCCCAAUUCCCAAAAUCUGAUUCAUAUUGGACAUGCCUACGCUGCUUGA